AUGAAGUUCAACAACCUGCAGGACUCAGGAGUGAAGGAGCUGCUUGAUCUAAAGCAGAGUUCAGGCUGUCGACUGGGGACUCUGAGAGUGAACUGGUUCAACACGGUGGAGGAGCAUGAGAACAGGGAAGUGUCAGACUCCAUAUGCACCUGGAUGAGCAGAAGGAAGGAAAGUAAAGAAGAUGGAAAGUCGUGUCAGCGGGUGACGGUGAGGAUGACGAUCAGGAAGAACGACUGUCGCAGUAACAGGCCGGUGAACAUCGUGUCAUGUGACGGGGAGUGUCCGUCCGCCAGCAUCUACAACUACAACAUCAACACGUACGCUCGCUUCUGCAAGUGCUGCCGGAAGACGGGGCUGCAGCGGCGCUCGGUGCAGCUCUACUGCAGCGGCAAUGCAACCUGGGUCAGCUACAGCAUCCAGGAGCCCACCGACUGCUCCUGCCAGUGGUCCUGA